AAAUACUGCAGUUCGCCGUCAUCCCACGACUUUUCUAAUCCCACAGAAUCCUCCAACUCAUUAUCUCAUAUAUUCAAUCUUCACUUUUUAAUCUUUAUAUUAAUCCAUCUCCAUCCUCCCAUCGACAACCUGCGGCUAAUUCUUCAUCAAAUGGCCUCACUUUCUUUCACUCGGAUCGGAGGAGGGCACCACCAGAGCCCAGUUGCUGACUUUGCUGGGUCUCGCCGGUUGGCUGCGCCAGCAACGGCUCGUCCGGGACGAGUUGCCUUAAGGGUUUUUGCUUCUGAGAGUCGAGGAGAGCCGGACUUGAGUGUCACUGUAAAUGGAUUGAAUAUGCCCAAUCCAUUUGUUAUCGCGUCGGGCCCACCCGGUACAAAUUAUACUGUCAUGAAGAGAGCCUUCGAUGAAGGUUGGGGUGCUGUGAUUGCCAAAACUGUUUCACUAGAUGCAGCCAAAGUAAUAAAUGUAACUCCUCGAUAUGCAAGGCUACGAGCAGGAGCAAAUGGCUCUGCCAAAGGACAGAUUAUUGGGUGGGAGAACAUAGAGCUAAUAAGUGACAGACCUUUUGAAACUAUGUUGAAAGAAUUUGAGCAACUGAAAGAAGAAUAUCCUGAUAGGAUUCUAAUUGCUUCUAUCAUGGAGGAGUAUAAUAAAGCUGCUUGGGAAGAAAUUAUUGACAGAGUUGAGCAAACUGGGAUUGAUGCCAUUGAAGUAAAUUUCUCCUGCCCUCAUGGAAUGCCCGAGCGUAAAAUGGGUGCUGCAGUUGGACAAGAUUGUGCAUUGUUGGAGGAGGUUUGUGGAUGGAUAAAUGCAAAAGCAACUGUUCCUGUGUGGGCAAAGAUGACUCCUAAUAUCACUGACAUCACACAGCCAGCUAGAGUGGCUUUGCGAUCAGGAUGUGAGGGGGUGUCUGCCAUUAAUACAAUCAUGAGUGUAAUGGGAAUUAAUCUCAAUACCUUGCGUCCAGAGCCUUGUGUUGAGGGGUACUCAACACCUGGGGGCUAUUCAUCCAAGGCUGUCCAUCCUAUUGCCCUUGGAAAGGUGAUGAGCAUUGCAAAAAUGAUGAAAUCAGAAUUUAAUGACAAGGAAUACUCUCUUUCUGGCAUUGGGGGUGUUGAGACUGGCAGUGAUGCAGCUGAAUUUAUUCUUCUUGGAGCAAAUACUGUUCAGGUCUGUACCGGGGUCAUGAUGCACGGUUAUGGCCUUGUGAAGAAGCUCUGUGAAGAGCUAAAGGAUUUCAUGAAGAUGCACAAUUUCUCAUCGAUAGAAGAUUUCAGAGGGGUUUCUCUUCAAUAUUUUACAACUCACAUGGAUUUGGUGCGACGACAGCAAGAAGCAAUUCAGCAGAGGAAGGCUAUCAAGAAAGGUUUGCAAUCUGACAAGGACUGGACAGGAGAUGGAUUUGUAAAAGAGAGUGAGAGCAUGGUUUCUAACUAAAUCAUACAACUCCAGUAAGUCUUCUCCCUUGUAUGAUAAAAAAUAAAGGAGCUUCCUUUAUAUGCAUGUCAGAAAUGUGGUGUAACUGGCUGACAUACUAAUGCAAUAACUUUUCUUUAAAUUGUCUGGCGAAGUUAAUUGAAAGCAAAUUGUGAAUUAAAAACAUACAGUAGUU